GUUUGGAGUUCCACACCAGAAGGGCCGGAGUGAUUCGGGAACGGUCACGCGGAACGUAAAGGAAUUACGGCGAUAAACGACGACGUCGACGACGGCCUUCGGAUCAAGUACCAGUGGAGUGCAUUUUUAGUGGAUUAAACACCCGAACACCGUGUUCUCGCCGGACAGGACCAAUUCGCACCAGCACAAAGUCAGAAUGCAGAUCCAGCACGUACGGGACCUGUGCGCCGUCCCGGGGGCGGCCGCCGAGCUCAACUGCACCGGUGAUAUCCUGUCGGUGCAGAACCUGCUGCCCCAGUUGGCCCCACCCGAGAACAAACCGCACCAGUGCCAGCAGUGUCUGAAGAGUUUCUCCUCCAAUCACCAGCUGGUGCAGCACAUCCGGGUUCACACCGGCGAGAAACCGUACAAAUGUUCCUACUGUGAUCGCAAGUUCAAGCAGCUGUCGCACGUCCAGCAGCACACCCGGCUGCACACCGGUGAACGUCCGUACAAGUGCCACCUGCCGGACUGCGGUCGUGCAUUCAUUCAGCUGUCCAAUCUGCAGCAACACCUGCGCAACCACGAUGCCCAGGUCGAGCGGGCCAAGAGUCGACCGUUUCAUUGCAAUCUGUGUGGCAAGGGAUUUGCCACCGAGUCCAGCCUGCGGACGCACACUUCUAAGGAACUUCAACUGCAUCUCGGGGUUCUGCAGCAGCAUGCUGCACUGAUCAGCAACUCGAACAGCGUGACGUGCAAUGUUUGUAGUAAGAUCUUCCUGGGCGUCGAUGCGCUCAACGAACACAUCAAGUACUCGCACAAAGAAGUGGCUGUGAAGCGAAGAGUGGCGAACCAUCCGUGUCCGAUGUGCGGCAAGCACUACGUCAACGAGGGUUGCCUGCGGAAGCAUCUGCUGACGCAUCCACGAACGGGCGGGACGCCCGGUGCUCCGUUCCGCUCCAAUCUACAGAUGUGGCCCUGCUCGGUUUGCCAGGCGGUGUUCACCCACGAAUCCGGUCUCAUUACUCACAUAGAACACAUGAAGAUGGACCCGAAGCACCAGUUCGCGGCUCAGUACAUGUUCACCAAGGCGGUCGUAGAGCAGCGGGAGAAGGAAUCCAACGCGCUGGGAAUGGGAAGCAGCGGUUCGAAUCCAAUGAUUAGCGUUAAGGAGCUAACGCAGAAUAGCAUUUCGCCGUUGAACUACUCGGAGAAUUCGUCGACCAUGGGAUCGGAGAAAAAUGGCGAAGGAGGUGGUGGUGGCGGAGGCGGGGUCGGUGGUCUAGGUGGCAGCAGUGGUGCUGGUGUCUUCGAAAAUCAUCGAUUAACGAAUGCAGCCGCUGCGGCUGCCGUCGUCGCCGGGGGUCACGGUAAUCCGUUCGGGGUCGUGCCGGGGGAUAACAACAAUAGUCAGUUUUCGCGUAUGAUGAUGCUGCAGGAGCCGAAGUUCGAUCCGGAUUUGAUGCUUCCGACGGAUGGAACUUCGUCGGCCGUCCAGGCGGCCGUAGUCAAUCUAGCGACGGCCAUGCGCAUCGGUCAAACCUUUAAGAAUAAUUCAAUUCACGCUGAUCAUCUCGGGCAGCCGAAUCUGGGACCGCUGAAGAAGAAAAGUAAUUUUAUCAAUUUCAACGAAAUGAAAUAUCCAUUGGCGAAUCGUCAGAACUAUCCCUCCGUUGAUUCGCCGGUCGGUGGUGGCGGUGCGCUUGGCGGCGGGCAGAACCCUUGUGGACCAUCGUCGGAGACGGCCAUCCGAAUCCAGCAGGCGGAGGCGAUCCUGAGGUCCCAAGCGGAAGCGGCUCUUCGGUUAGCGGUUUCGCAGGCUCAGGCCGUAGUUUCCUCGAAUGCCGGCGUCGGAGGCGGUCACGUUGUCGGUGGCCACAUAGGACCUCUGGGAGGUCACCCCUUGAUGGGCAGGUGCAACGAUGAGAAUAGAUCCAAUGAAAAUUGUCCCCCCUUUGAUCCGCACGGGGAUCAACUGAGGGCGGUCAUGAGAGAACACCACGCUCACCAGCAGCAACAACAGCAACAGCAACAGCAGCAGCAACAACAACAACAACAGCAACAGCAACAAAAUAACGAUGAGUGCCAUCAAUUCUCGCAAAGUCCGGUGCCGCGAAACGGGCUGGACCUUACCGACGAGUUCCUAAAAAGUGAAAACGUACUGAAAGGGUGAGAGUAGAUGUAAAUUUUGAUGCCAUAUUAUAUUUAAUUUAAAUCAAUACAACAAAAGAAGAAAAAAUCUUGAGAGACGGGGCAGGAUUAGGGCCCACUAUCAUGGAUGGAGGGAGGGUUUUGGGGGGAAAGGUAGAAAAAGAAAACAGUUAGUAACAGGCGAAGGCGGAAGAAAAGAAAUUGCAAAGAAAUUAACAAAGAUGAAGAUGAAGAAGACGAAAGUAAAAAAAACUUACACAUUGAUUAUUAUACGAUAAUCUGGGACUUGAAUGUGUGAAUCAAUAACUAAAUGAUAAAAUUAAUAAAAA